AUGAUUACUGAUUCAUCUGUAAAAAUCAGAUGUUGCCAUAUGCUUAAACGUUGGGCAAUGUCAUUUUGUGUCUUGAUAGUAAUGCUGAUGAGUGUGCGUGGUGAUAAUGAAGUUGGCCGACUAGAUCAGCUAGAGCCUCCGACUCCAGAAGUGAUGCUAGUCACCCUAUACUCCGUUGGAUUUCUGAUGGCCAAUGAGAACAUAAGAGUGGCAAUUACACCCUAUACUCCUCCGCCAUCGCAAAAUCCACUUAAACAUAGCUCAUUAUUAGAAGCGCCUAGUUAUGAAGUGGAGUAUGCAAAUGCCCCUCUGAACUUUGUACUACCGAACUAUAUAAGUCGAGAAGCUGCUGUAGCGGCUCUAAAUAAGCUAAGAACUAUUGCCGUUAUUAGGACAGAUGUUAUGCAUCUUACCUGUGGAAUGUCCAACCUCACCUGUCGGCAGGAGAGUAUGCAAAUUAUGUCUCGAGUUAUUAAUAUGGCUGAUUGCAAAUCGUUGGUCUUGUUUGUAGCUACUGAUCUGAAAAUGGAUGCGAUUGCCGCCCCGGUUAAUUUGAAUAUCUGUCGGCAAGAAGCAGACCAUACAUUCCGCCACAUCACUUAUGAAAUGGAAUGUCGCCUUGUUCUUUCAUCUCUAGGCAAUAAUAAGAUUCCAGACUUGAAAUAUUGUGGUAUUAUCAUGCUGCGGCCAAUUUCAACUGUUUGCCUGAUGGGACUGGAAAUUCUCCAGACCCCUCUUCUUGAUAAGUUGCCUUUAGUAGAUGGCUACGCUCUUAUCUUUAUGUCCUUGCCUAAUGUAAUUAAUCUUGAUUUCAAGUUUCUCCAAACCGCUCCUCCUAAAUGCAAGAGUAUCAAUAUUAUGCCCUACCCCGAUGCAAUUGUUAAGCUGACGGGCCUUGAUGAUGUUAUUCGUAAACAUCCAAUGCUAACUUUAAAUACAAACUGGUCAACCUUCCAGUAUUUAGGCAGGAAUAGCACACAGCCAAUCCGCGUUCAUACCAUUGCUGGUCUUGAUGUUUGUUCAUUUUCUAUCAGCGAUAUGCUGAUGGCUCCUAGUAAAGAGCCUAUUGACCCCUGUGUUUUUGCUACUACUGCGGUCUGCCAAAUCUCUCUCGAGAUGACAUGCAAACCCUUGGACUACUACAGACAACUCUACACUCCAGAAGCCCUUUCCAAGUACGGCAUCUCCGUUAAUCACGUUGAGAUACGCUAUGUGGAAAAUCGCACUGACCUUUAUAACACCCUGGACAUACUUGUGCGCUGCAAUGCCUUGUCGGCGAUUCCAAACGAAGUUCAACGCGGGGAUAUUCGAUGUCUCGGUGAAGCGACCAACAACCCUGAGUGGAGACUUAAGGAGACAGUUAAGAUUCGACUUAAUACUUAUAUGCUUGAUGAGUAUCUUAGGGAUUACAAACUUCACUGCUGUCGGCUCUUCUGCCAGAAUAUACGCUACACCGCCAUUGAAAUUGAUGGGGACAGAUAUUCCUAUGCUCCACAAGCCCGCUCCUGUGCUAGGCUCCUAACUUUAUUCCAAGACAUUGAUGCCCUGGAACUUAGGAUUACCAAUGUUCGUGAUCCGACUCAACCUACUAGUGAUUUCAUUUCAGGGAUUCUAAAAGAGGAGAUUGCCAAGAGGUUCAAAUGCCGUCUGAAUGUUAAGAAAUUGAUAUUAGACAACGUUGAUGACUCCAUUAUUUACAGAAUGCUAGGACGUUAUGUCUUUGUUGGACCAACAGAAGUACAUAUUCUGAAUCAGAACUUCACCAAUCUAGCGAUUGCCCAGGUCUUUACUAUGCAAGAAUGCCAGAAUAUUUCUGUCCUGGUGAUCAAUGACUUCAUUGGGCUAAAUGAAGUUCGGCAAUACAGAAUGAAAGACUUGAUCAUUGGCUUCUCCCUAUUUAAAUACGUAGAGGAGACGGUCAGAAAGGGCAAAACCAUUCAGGAUCUGCAGCUAUGGAAGCUGGCUCUUCAUCUAGAUGGCGUCGCAGUUGACUGGUAUAGUGAUAUCUUGCGUGAGUUGUAUAGCUAUAAUCUUCAGUUACUGGCUGUGCCAUUCGAUGACUACCUUUUAAAGAUGACACCCCAGCCUAGCCCGGCUCUUACAAUGCCUAAGGAUAAGUUUACGCUCUAUAACGUUGAUUUGAUUGGGUUAGCAACUGAUCUUGCCUGCUAUAAAGUCCAACUGCUAGACCAGCAAGCUCCGGUUCAAAAGAUCGCAGUUAAGGAUUUGAUAGUACGCUUUAGAAGCAAUCAAGUACUAAAGGAAAAAGACCUUGUGACUACCGUUCGGUGGGUCUCUUCUCGAUUUAAGGAGGUCGUCAUUUUGCGGUUCCUAAAUGCCGAGGCGGCAAUUGACUUGAUGGAGACAACAAGAAGACAUCAUUAUUUAGUUCGUGAUUUGAAAGGGCUUAAAAGCAUUCGACUAGAAGGUACUAACCCAUACAGCCCACCUGUUGAGGUAUUAGUUAAUGCACCCCGUGUUGGAUUAUUGACUAAUGCCAACAAUCCAGAGCCUGCUGUCAUUGCAAUGUCGCAAUCAGUACUAUCGCAACUUGCUACCCACCACGAACAGCUUGACCAACUCAUUCCUGCACCCCUGCCUAAUGAUUCAACAACCUCACUCCAAAAGAUCGCAAAGCAUAUUAAGGAGAACCGCCACGAACUGCUCUGCUCUGUUUGUCUUGAUACUCUUUAUAUACCAACCAGGCCAGAAGCGAAUACGGAAGUGUCCGCCCAACCUGGGACCGACCACAAUUCUGAAGAACACUCCACAACAUUUUGCUAUCGCAAGUGUGGCCAUCCGCACUGUGGUAAGUGUCUAAUAAGGACUCCGCCGAAUGAUAGAUGUCCAGAUUGCCGAAACGAAAGUCGAUUUGAUGGCAUCGAUUGGCUUAUCAGUGUGCCUCCAGCUAGCUUUAUAUUUGCCCAGGACAAUACCAAUGUCGCCAAUGCCGAUUCUAAUUGGCACGACAGCAUAACCUGGGUUGAUGGUCAAGUCUAUUUAUACGUCUCAUAUCGAAGGCAAAGUGAUCUUGCCACUAUGCUUAGGGAUAACAUAGCCACCCAAGGCCCAGGUUCUAUCUAUGUUAUUUAA